AUGACAUCGCCAUAUCCCCCGUCGAACUCAUUUUCACCGUCCGACAUGGCCACAGCACCGAACAGAUCCGUUUCCGACUUGCCGCAAGCCCAGGUGGACGCCAUCAUCCGCACAAAGCGCAAGGCGCGUGAGCCCAAAGCUUGCUACCCAUGCCAUGCGCGCAAGGUGAAAUGUGAUAGGAAUCUUCCCUGCGAUGGGUGUGUCAAGCGCGACCAUGCGGAACUUUGCUCUUACGAACGUCCCUCUAAGAAACGGUCGCAAGCUUUUCCCGAGAGCUCUGUUGGUGGCGCUUCAGCAGGGUCCUCAGCAGAACAAAAUGCUUCAUAUAGUUAUGACGAUAAUACGACACACGUGAAACCGGAGGCUAUUCAGCCUCAUCCAAGUCGAGUCAACGGCGCUCAUGCGCGAGGCCGUGUGUCUAUUCCUCGGGAGGAAUGGGAAAAUGUGCGCAACCGACUGCGGGAAAUGGAGUCCACCAUCUCCUCACUGCGAGUCGGACUUGAACGCGCUGAGGAAGGGCCCGCUGGGGCAAUGGACAGCGCGAGCGUGCAGAGCGGCGAUGCGAGUUCCCGGUCUAAGGACGCCUCGCCUGAGCGCGAGGGCAUCCAUACAUCAAACACCCUGGGCAGAGGCACCGUUCAUCUGGGAUCGCGCUCAGUCUUGGCUUAUAUAUUAAACAACAAGUCUGGAUCUGAUCAGCUGCAAACUCUGCUGGAGGGUGGGAUACUACCCAAGCUCGGGCUUGAUAACGAGUCUGCGACUUACCCGUUUGUUGAUUUGUGGUCGUCGGAUAUGUCGACCUUCGACAUUAGCGCUGUUUGCAGCGCGCUUCCGACUGAUCAACAGUGCAGAGAAUUCUUCUAUUAUUAUAAGGAUAUUGCCGGCGCAAUCUAUCCGGUUCUUGAAAAUGUCCAAGAAUUUGAGAGCACUCUUGAGCUUCUUAUGCAAAACAGAGCGGCCUCUGGCGGUGUUUAUCGAGAGGACGUCGAUGAUGCACAGACUCCUUUUGGUGUGAACAUUGCAUACCUAGGUCUCUUGUUUGCUGUCCUAGCAUCUGGCUGCCAGUCGUCCGAUCUUGGAAGCAAGGAGCGAGAGUUGACUUCGCAAGUCUAUGUCUGCUGCUCCUAUCAAUGCCUUCGCAUGACCAAUUUCUUAUCUCAGCCAACUAUUGAGGCAAUCCAAACGCUUUUGGUCAUUGGAAAUGUUCUGUCUUAUAACAUGAACCCCGGCAUUUCUUAUGUUCUGCUGGGCAUGACGCUUCGUAUGGGCUUGGCUCUUGGAUUGCAUGUUGAGUCGAGUAGGUUCUCGUCACCUGAGCGGUACCGCCGGCGACACGUCUGGUGGUCCAUGGCAUGGCAAGACAGUCAUUUCUCUCUUUCUUAUGACCGCCCUUCUACAACCGCAGUCAGCCAGCCAGAUAUUCCACAUCCCGAGGGCUCAAAAUCGGGCGAUUUGUCCUACUUUGAGACCCUCUGUCGCGUGAUUUCUCUGGCUUUGGAGGUUGUUCGUAUUCGAAUGCUGAGUCCCCAUGCACAGAUGAGCCUCGAGAGUAUUCAGGGCUACAAGGAAAGAAUCCAGAAGAUCAUGGUUGAAGCAAAGCCGCAUCUGCGGGAUGCGCAAUGGUGCACGUCCUCACCAGAGCAUCUGGAACGAGUUGUGCUCAAGUUGCACUCGUCCUAUUUCUCCUCUGAGCUCUGCCGCCCGUCGCUCAAGCCGUCGGUCGAUGCCAACGAUGCGGAUGCUGCGAGCAUGCGGGGAGACUGUGUUUUCAAUCUGAUGGCAACCGUGGAAGCUUAUAUUGAAAUGCACAAUAUCAGCUCCCAUGCGGCCCGUUCUUGGAUUGCGCUGCAGCGAGCAAUCAGCUCUGCCUUCCUCCUUGCCGUUAUUCAAGAAGCCAAAUCAAAUCCGACCGUUUGGAGCCUCCUACGCCAGCUAGAGGGUAUCAUAGCGCAGCGUGCCAGCAACGAGCGUGCGUACGAUACUGGUGAUGUCGCUGAUGCUGGUAACAGCAUGACCUCGCCACCACAGGGUGUGGCCACAUACGACCCCAUCACAGGUGCUACCCACCCACCGGGUUCUGUGCCACCCACCCUGGAUCCCCUUUCACCUGCUGCGGUCAAUCCGGAUUCCCAAACGCAGUGGGCUAAGUCGUUGGCCAAAACACAUCGCGCUUUGCAGAAGCUUCUUACGGCGUUCGGGAAUCAGCACACUCGCAGUAGUACUGGACGCAGCCCUGCUUAUAUGCAAUCAAACCUCAACGCGGCCUCUGGCCCCGCUUCCAUGGGCAACUUUGUCCCUCCUGUACCGGCAGCCAUGACCCCCAGCGUGAGCUCUCUUCCACCCCCUACUCCGGAAAGCUCAGGCAGUGGUGAAUGGACAAUUCCCAACAUAUUGGACCGCGCUUCAGAGUAUAUUCAUCCCCCGCUCUGGAGCUAG